AGCUAUCUUAAUUUCUGAAUUGCGUGUUAAAUAAACUGACGUCAAAAACAAUUCUUGAUAAAAUGUGUCUUAUUUUGUACCUACAAGUUCUUGGGUUUAUUUUUGUGAAAUUGUACGUUGAGAUCACUUUGGAGACCUGAGGCCAAUAUUUUAUAACUGUGGUGCAUUAACUUGUUUUACAAGUCAGAAGAAUAAAUUUCAUUAUACGCUGUUAUUAAUUGUUGUACCCUCUUAGGUCUGUAAGUGGUAUUAAAUUGUAUAAGCAUGUGUCAUUUACAUUCCAGACGAUAUUUUUUUUUUUUUAGCAUUUUAACAAAUAAUAAUAGGUACAUAUUUAGUUAUUAAUUACAUAAAACAAACAUAAUACAGUAUUAGGUAUAUAUAUAUAUAUGUAUGUUUUAUAUACUUUUGUAUUUAAAUCAAUUUUUUCUGAAAACAAACAUAUUAUUGUGUUAUGAUGAUUAAUAUUCAAGGUUUUUCCAAAAAUUAGAUAAUUCAUUUCCUAUAGUAUAACAGGCUUUAAUGCACGCUAUCCUCGUUUAUGAACAGGUGGUAGGGCAUCCAGUAUAAAUGAAUAUCCUCACAUAAAAUGUAUGAAAUAGUUUAAGGGGGGAAACCAGUAUGGAUUUCUGUUCAUUUUGUUUAUUCGCUAUCAAUUUAUUCCAAAUGGUCAUCGUUAGUCUCGUUGUAUAAGUCGGCAAACUAGUGGUGUCGAAGUGCAGUAUGUACAUAUUUUAAUAUUAUACUACUCGCACAUAAAUAUAACUUAGUUUAUAUGUUAUCAUUGUUCUUGUACGAGUAACGAACAUAAUAAUAUGCAUUGUAUACAUAUCUGGAAAACAAUCGGUGUUUUGAUUUUUGUGAAUUAUUGUCAGGCACUUGAGCAAGAAAUUGGUGAUGAAUGUACAAACAAAAAUGGUAUUGUUGGAUUUUGUCAAUAUAGAAGCAAAUGUCAAAGAGAUACUGAUUUAGGAGCUAUAUGUAAUCCUAAACAGACUAUUAUUUGCUGUGCUAAAAAUGUUUUAAGUAACGAUCAAAAAGAGGACCGAUCUAUACAACCUCCAUCAGGUUUUAAUCCCGACUUCUUUCAUGCACCUGUAUUACAACCAAAUCCAAUCGCAAAUACAAAUUUUUUUUAUCAUCAAAAACAAAACAUUCCUAAUUUUCUAGGUAAUGUUUUACAUCAAAGUUCAAAUACUAUGGAGUUUGUUGAAGAUAGACCUUAUCAAAACUAUGAACAAAGUGUAGUUAUUAUACCUAAUAAAAAUAGGCCUACACCUAUUAGUCCUACAAAUGAAUAUGGGUUUUAUAGCAGCAAUAAUAAACCAAAUUCAAACAAUGAAAAUAUUAUGUAUGGCAGUGACCAAACUACUAAUAUACCUCAAAAUUAUUACAAUUAUCCUAAUUAUGAAAAACAGAGGCCUGUAAGUCAGAAUCAAAAUAAUAAUUUCAAUCAACCAUACUAUGAAACAUAUCCACAAAUUCAAAAUAACAAUAAAUACCAAAGUUUUGUACCCAAAAGACCGAAUUAUAAUCAAUAUGAUAAUCAACCACGCCAAGAAACAUAUGAAUCAAAUCAAAAUAACAAUCCUAAUUAUUAUACAACCACUAAAAAACCACAGCAUAUUUAUAGCACAGGGAAUAAUGAAAAUAAUUCACCGCUUCCAAACAGUCAAAUUAAUUAUAGUGGUUAUGAAGAAAAUAAGAGGCCAAGUCAAAAUACUAACCAUAAAUCUAGUAGCAGUAUAUUGUUUCCUGAUGAUUUAACUGACACAACAUUUACAACCACAACCAAAAAAUAUUAUGAAUAUGAAAAUAGCCCAAAUGAAGAUAAUAAACGUAUCAGUGAAAAAAAAUGCGAAGAAUAUUCAAAAGCACUGAGAACAACUGUUUCUGUAUUGCCUCUAUCAAUUGGCACAGCAUCAAAGCCAGUGUCAAUAGAAAAAUGUGAUUCAAAAAGUGUUGGGUUAAUUGUUGGUGGAACUAAAGCCGAUUUAGGAGAAUUCCCACAUAUGGUGGCAGUAGGAUUCCGCGCAGGCUCUAGAACUUCAUGGAAUUGUGGUGGUACAUUAAUAAGUGAACAAUUUGUGUUGACAGCUGCUCAUUGUACGCAUAGCACAUUAGGGUUGCCAGAACGAGUGAGAUUGGGAGAUUUGAAUUUACAGACUAAUGAUGAUGGAGCUCAUCCAGUAGAACUUUUGGUGGAUCAAACCAUUGUGCAUCCUGAUUAUAUUAAUACAUCUAAGUAUAAUGACAUUGCACUAUUACGUUUAGAUAAUGAAGUUAAGUUAAAUAACCACAUUCGCCCGGCUUGUCUUAACAAUAAUGACAAUAUCAAUUAUUCUCAAAAAGUUACUGCGACUGGAUGGGGAAGCAUUGAAUAUGGCGAUCGCUCAAGUGAUCAUUUAUUAAAAGUAGAUUUAAAUUUAAUAAAUAAUCGGCAGUGUGGUAAAUUAUAUGAAGGAGAAAGCAAAACAAGAACCCUAAAUAGAGGUAUUAUAGAUUCUAUGUUGUGUGCUGGAGAUUUGGCUGGAGGACAUGAUACUUGUUUAGGUGAUUCUGGCGGACCACUCGUAGUAAAAUCAGAGAAAAAUGCAUGUGUUUUCAAUUUAAUUGGGAUAACAUCAUUUGGAAAAUUGUGUGCAACAGAAAAUUCACCAGGUGUAUACACUAAAGUUUCAGCAUUUUUACCUUGGAUAGAACAAAUUGUUUGGCCCUAAAAAUAAGAUAACUUAUGCAUUAUGAUAAAUAAUUUAUUAUUUAAUAAUAGCUUAUUUUUAUAUUUGUAUUUAAGAUUUUUGUAAAUAAUUAAAACUAUAUUAUUCAAUUUCAUA